AUGACUAUUACCUCUACUCUUGAAGACGGCAGAAUUCAAGCCGUUGAAGGAAUCAUCGGCUAUCGAUUCGUCGAUGAGACGCUGCUCCGAGAAGCACUCCAAGCCGCGGGCUAUUCGUACCCCAUCGACGGGAACAAGAACUUGGCUCUGGUUGGAGAUGCCGCUCUCAGGCUGGUGCUUGUUUCAGAUGGGUAUAAAAGACAUGUUUUCAAAGGUAGGGAAGAGAUUUCGGAGAGGGGAAUGAUCAAUAAUGUCCUCUCGGCCACGGGCAGUAAUGCAAAUCUGGCCCAGGUCGGUUUCCAGAAUGGCCUUGAUCGAUUCAUCUACACCAACCCGUCUCAAGCUGGCGUCGUCUCCAAGGGUGUCAUGGCUACAACCAUAGAAGCCAUCCUUGGUGCCGUCUAUAUGGACAGUAAUUCGGAUAUUCGCAUUGUCCGUGAGGUUGCAGCGGUGCUGGGAUUGUCUUGGCCUGAUCUGCCGAAUUAA